CGCACGUGAGGCGGCUCGGCAGCGAUGGAGGCGCUGGACCGGGUGGUAAAGCCUAAAACAAAGAGAGCAAAAAGGUUUCUUGAGAAGAGAGAACCCAAACUUAAAGAAAAUACAAAAAAUGCCAUGCUCAUAAAAGGAGGAAAUGCAAACUUAACAGUGACUGAAGUGCUUAGAGACAUUUAUGCUGUGAAGAAGCCUUUUGCUGUACUGUAUAAAAAGAAAAAUAUUACUAGGCCUUUUGAGGAUCAAACAUCAUUGGAAUUCUUUUCCAAGAAAUCGGAUUGUUCUUUGUUUCUGUUUGGCUCUCAUAACAAGAAGCGACCUAACAACCUGAUAAUAGGUCGCAUGUUUGAUUAUCACGUCCUAGACAUGAUUGAGCUUGGCGUUGAAAAGUUUGUGUCCCUAAAAGAUGUCAAGAACAGUAAAUGUCCUGAAGGAACAAAACCCAUGUUGAUAUUUGCUGGUGACAUGUUUGAUGUAAAUGAAGAAUACAGAAGACUGAAGAGCCUUCUUAUCGAUUUCUUCAGAGGUCCUACUGUGCCCAGUAUCCGUCUGGCUGGUUUAGAGUACGUUCUGCAUUUCACAGCGGUAGAUGGGAAAAUUUACAUGCGGAGCUAUAAGUGA